UACCAGCAUGUGAGGCAAUACCUGCAAAGGACAACGCCGAAAACGAAGACGAAGGCGGGAAAUGUGCAUCUCCACGUUGCGCAAAUCUCUUCCAUCCGACGGAUGGCUAUACUAAACCUGUGUCUAGCCUCCAAAGCGAAUGGGUGGCCUCAGAUGACAGAGAAAGUCCUAGCUACGCGUUAGCAAGCCGUUAUCCCAGAUUCGGUUACCCCCUUGGGUUACCCCAGAAUCGUCGGAGGGGAAGCUGGGGAGAAUCUCCAUUUGCCUCGGGAUGGGGAACACAAGUAGCCUAAGAGGCGCCAUUGGCGUAGUCCUUGGGGUUUCCGUUGCCACGGAUCCUUGUUCUUCCAGUGCUACCUUCAUUCCUUCAGUCGAUUCCCCUUCUAAUCUUCCUUCUCCUCUCUCUCUCUCUCUCAGAAAACGAACUGAGCACUGGACCGGAAUCGUCGGAAGCCAUCGCCCUCUGUCCCUUCUGCUGCCGACAUGGCGACACUUCUCUAUCUCGCCGCCGCCGUCUUCGGCGUGCUUUCUAUACUAUUGUAUGCCCCGGUUAAGCAGACCGUCCUGAUCCUCGGCGUCACUCGACCCCUCGAUACAUGGCAAAAUAUCCACGGCCUCGAGACCCAUGUGAUCCCGGACACUGUUUCCUGCGAGGACUUGCAUUAUCACGAACCCUCUGGGGUGAUAUAUUCUGCAUGCGCUGGCGACCUGGAGAGAAUGGCCGGCUGGUUCCCAGCGGCCAGCUCGUUCGGUCACCCCGAAAACCCGAGCUAUGGCAGUCUGGUGGUUAUCAAUCCGAAGACGAUGAAGUCGCAGAAGCUCACGCUCGAAGGCUUCGAGGGACCGUUUGUGACUCACGGGAUCGGGAUAUACACGGCACCGUCGGACGCGAAGACGGUCUACAUCUUCGCGGUGAACCACCUGCCGAACGCGCGGUGGACGGCGGGGUCAAGUGAGCCUAAGGCGGCGUCACGUAUCGAGGUGUUCACGCACACCGUGGGCAGCAGUGCCGCGCGGCACCUGCGCAGCGUCGCGCACCCGCUGAUCCAGACGCCCAACGACGUGCUGCCGCUGUCGGAGCGCGAAUUCCUCGUCACCAACGACCACGUCUUCCGCGACGGCGCGCUGCGCAUCGCCGAGGAGCUCGUGGGCUACCCGCGGACGACCACGCUGCACGUGCGCCUCGGCGACGGCGCCGACGACGUCGAGGCGACCGUCGCGCUCGCCUCCAUCAACAACAACAACGGCCUCGGCUGGGGGCCCGACCGCCAGGUCCUCGUGUCGUCGGCGGCCGGCGGCCGGAUCUACUUCGCGGCGCUGGAGCGCGCGGGCGACAACGCGACGGCGCCGGCGCGCCUCGCCGUCUCGCACUGGGCGCAGGCCGACACCGUCGUCGACAACCCGACCUUCUUCGCGGACCCGUACGCGGGUGCCGACGGCGUCGACUACAGCGGGUACCUGCUGCCGGCGAUCGCGCGCGUGCACGAGUUCGUGGACCACUUCCGGGACCCGACGGGCCGCGCGCCGCUGCCGAGCAUAAUAUCGUACCUGCCGGCACGCGGGGGCCAGAAGCCGGCUAAGGGCGCUGCGGCGCCGCGCCCCCGCUUCCUGUUCUCCGACGACGGCCGCCUCCUGCGCGGCGCCACCACCGCCGUCCUCGUCCCCAUCGACCCCGCGGAGAGCGGCGGCAAGCGCCAGGGCUGGCUCUUCGUCACGGGCGUCAUCGCCCCCCACAUGGUGGCCACCCGCAUCGACUUCGCGACCGCGCUGGCGUAAGGAGCGGGCCGGCGCGGGUUCCUGGGGCUCGCGUACACGCGCGGGUUUGGCGAUCGUGUCUUUUCUAGUCUGUCGCGGAGGUCAGCGCAGGGAUACGGGGAGGGAAACGAGGUCGAGGAACUCGGUACGGUCAUUACGAUUGUCUGCACGCGCGGUAGUUAUUUGUUCUUGGGCACGGGGGGGGGACUCGCGGAGGCGGGGUGCCGUAGUGAUCACGCCGUGGUU